AUGGACAACAGGAUCAGACCGCUUGCUCUGCCCGGGCACACUGCCAAUCCACUCGGUGGCUUGCAGGUGCCACCGUCCCUCAUGCGUCCACCGCCUCUCUUCCUCCGGGCUUGCAACCCCGCGCUGGAGAGAGGAUACCCACGCACUCCGAAGUGUGCCAGAUGCAGGAACCAUGGCGUGGUGUCCGCGCUUAAAGGCCAUAAGCGCUUCUGCCGGUGGAGAGACUGCGUAUGUGCUAAAUGCACCCUGAUAGCAGAGAGACAGCGGGUGAUGGCCGCUCAGGUGGCGCUGAGGAGGCAGCAGGCGCAGGAGGAGAGCGAGGCCCGUGAGCUCCGGCUCUUGUAUCCCGGGUCGGCGGUCGGAGGGGACACAGGGAUUUCUCAGGGGUCACCAGUAGGCCCCGGCGUGCCAGCAGCCACCAGCAACACUACCACAGCUCCCAGUUUUGAUAUUUUCAGAACAGACACCCACAAAGAUGAUGAUAAACUGAGCAAGUACAACUUUUAUAACGGAUUCAUGGGCCGACCCCUCUUUGCACCCAACACAGUAAGACUGGCCUCUCCACACGACCAGAAGGAACUGUCUCCAAGCAAAGACGACACAACUUUAUUCAAUGAAGACAGUGCGAGUCCAUCCCCGGUGUUUGAUCAGCGUUCAGACCACACAGAGAGUCCACAGAGGUGUCUUUCCUCCUCGGACCCGGAGUCAGGAAGCGAAUCAGAGAAACCAAAGGACUACCCGAGCCUGGAUCGGGACCCCACCGAUAUCAUGGCCAAGAUCUUCCCCCAUCAGAAACGGGACACCCUGGAGUCUAUGGUGAGAACGUGCAAAGGUGACAUUGUCAAAUCAAUUGAACUGGUGUUGAGCUCCAAAGAGAACAAAAUUGACUCUGAUAGCUUGUCACUGUCUAAUCACCCAAACAUGCUCAGGCCUCCGGUGGCAUUGCCUGGAGCCCUGGGUGCUGUGGGGAACAAGUCUGCUUUCUCCCCGCUCCACAUGCCACCGACCGCGGCCGGGGGUGACAGCCUGUACGGGCUAAACCCUCGUCUCAGUGUCAGUCCCUUAAGACUGGCCUAUUCAUCUGGAAACGGCGGAAUGACAGGUUUUAUGUCACCAUACAUGACAUCCGGACUGAUGCCAGUGUUUCCACUGCGUCCCCCCUUGGACUCCUAUUCUUUCCCAGGCAUGAUCCGAGACUUUUCUUACCUUCAGAGCAAGGAGUCACUGUGCCAUACAGGCCUUUACGCACGAUUUAAUAAUGAAAAAUGA